AUGAAGUUUAAUUCAGCUUGGAUCAAGCCCAGCUUUGUGCCUGUAACUGCCAGCCAGCGUGGCAGCGACUCAGAAGCUGCUGCUCCGGCGUCUGACUCGAAAGAGAUUGGUUUCAUCUCGGAAAGACCUGGCACAUCCGACUCAGACUCUAUCGGCGUCGACGAGAAUGCCCAAGCCGGCGUCCAGAAAAUUGAAGCAACACAUCCGCUUGGGGCAGAAAUCAACUGGUCCUUGCCUACAUUCUUCGGUCUGAUUAUGAUGGCGGCGUGCCAAAAUGUCGAGACAUAUGCCGCUGCUCAAGUAUUCUACUGGGUUGGCUAUAACGGUGUCGGGUAUGCAUUGAGCAUCUUCGUUGCCGAUACCUCACAUCUCAAGAAUCGAGGUUUCAUGUUCGCCUUCGCCUCCUCACCAUAUAUUGCAACCACCUGGGCAGGUGGUCCAGCCGCGCAAUGCUUCCUUGACGGUGCUGGCUUCCGUUGGGGCUUUGGUACAUUUGCCAUUGUUACUCCUGCCGUCUGCUUGCCUGUGUUCUUCCUCUUCAUUUUCAACUAUCGAAAAGCGAAGAAAGCAGGUUUGAUGCCUGUCCGACAGAGUGAACGAACGACGAUCCAAACCAUCAAACACUACGCCAUCGAGUUCGACCUCUUCGGCUUGCUGUUGAUCACGGCUGAACUGGCGCUUUUCCUGCUCCCCUUUUCCCUCUACUCCUACCAGCCUGAUGGCUGGCGCUCGCCGAUGAUCAUCUGCAUGAUCAUCUUCGGUGGCCUCCUGCUCGUGGGAUUCGGUCCGUGGGAGAAGUUCUGGGCACCUAAAAAGUUCAUUCCGUGGGAGCUCCUGGCCGAUCGGACCGUCAUAGGUGCAAAUAUCCUUUCCGCCGUCCUCUUCGUCAGCUUCUACAUAUGGGACGCCUUCUUUUACUCCUUCCUCAUCGUUGUCAACAAUCAGACAGUCACGCAUGCAUCCUACAUCACCAACAUCUACAGCAUUGGCGCCUGUUUCUUCGCAAUCCCGGUGGGCAUGUAUAUCCGAUGGCGAGGACACUUUAAGAACAUCGCCUUGUUCUUUGGCGUGCCACUGACCAUCUUGGGGGUGGCGCUCAUGCUGCAUUUCCGGCAGCCCAACACACAUAUCGGGUACAUCAUCAUGUGCCAGAUCUUUAUUGCGUUCGGGGGCGGGACCUUGGUCAUUUGCGAACAGAUCGCUGUCAUGGCUGCUGCCUCUCACCAACACGUCGCUGUCGUCAUUGCCAUUGAGGGAAUGUUUUCCUCGGUCGGUGGCGCAAUCGGGUCUACGAUUGCGACGGCGAUCUGGACGGGCGAGUUUCGCAACAAAUUGAGGGUGUAUUUGCCGCCCUCGGCGCAAGGUCAUAUCGACACCAUCUACGGCAGCUUGGUGGUGCAAUCGUCCUAUCCUCCAGGAACUCCCACAAGGGAGGCCAUUAACAGAGCAUAUGGAGACACGCAGAAGCUGAUGCUGAUUGCUUCAACGGCUUUCCUAGCUCUAGCCAUUGUAUCCGUCGCCAUGUGGAGGAACACUUGCGUCAAAGAUAUCAAGCAGGUCAGAGGACGAGUGGCUUGA